AGGUACUCGUAGGUACGAAUAAAUUCGCGAAGUUCCCACGGAUUCGUGUGUAGGAGUCGCGAUUCGCGACUCGACGAAAAAAGAAACAGACCUUAUCCCCUUUCCGUUGAUUGCGCGUGGAAAUUCGGCUUACUUCUCGCCAAAGCGUGGCGAGUUGUGCGAAUCUAGACUACAUCAGGAUCGAACGUCACGUAAAUGGCGAGCAGCAUAUAUGACGUAUACGAGACGGUAUAAAGGGAAAAUAGAAUUGAUUUAUCGCACGAUCUCCCGGGUCGAGUCGGUCGGUCGUUCAGCGCGAAGGCCAGGUCACAUCGUCAACAGCAACAACGGACGACGACGCGCGCACGGACGAGCCGUUUCCCGUUUCUCCGCGGUGGCGAACGACACGUCCGCAGGAGGAUGGCGACUUGACCUCUCACGAGGAAUGGAAUGCUGUACGCAACGAAUAUCAAAGUAAAAUCCACUCAACCGGUACUACCAAAAGUAUAAGAUGGCAGACGUUGAUCCUGAGACUUUGCUGGAAUGGCUCAGUAUGGGACAAGGGGACGAGAGGGACAUGCAGUUGAUUGCGUUGGAGCAAUUGUGUAUGCUCCUGCUUAUGUCCGAUAACGUCGACCGUUGCUUCGAAUGUUGCCCGCCACGCACGUUUCUCCCAGCGCUUUGCAGGAUCUUUUUGGACGAAUUAGUACCCGACAGUGUCCUAGAGGUGACAGCUCGAGCUAUCACAUAUUAUCUCGACGUUUCGGCAGAAUGUACACGAAGAGUAGUAGCUAUGGAAGGCGCUGUAAAGGCCAUCUGCAGCCGUCUCUCUGGUGCUGGACUUGGUUCCAGAGCUAGUCGUGACCUGGCAGAGCAAUGUAUAAAGGUGUUAGAACUGGUGUGCGCGAGGGAAGCAGGUGCUGUGUUCGAUGCCGGCGGCCUUCCCUGCGCCUUGUGCUUCAUCCGAGAACACGGAGCACGCGUACACCGGGACACACUGCACUCGGCGAUGGCAGUGGUCACCCGACUAUGCGGCAAAGUGGAACCCCAAGAUAAAGCUCUACCGGAUUGCGUCGAAGCUUUGUCGGUCUUAUUGAGGCACGAAGAUGCACAUGUCGCGGACGGGGCGCUUCGUUGCUUCGCAUCGUUGGCAGACAGAUUUUCCAGAAGGGGCAUUGACCCUGCACCGUUGGCGUCGAAUGGAUUAGUUUCUGAACUUUUGUACAGAUUAUCAAACGCUGCAGGGCCUGGCACUUCCGCUACGGCAACGUGCAGCAACCCGAAAACGCCCCCACCGUCUAGUACCGCGACGACAGUUCCGGCUCCGGAGCCGAAAUCUUGUGCUUCAGUUUCGACUAUAAUCAGUCUUCUGUCGACGCUCUGUAGAGGAUCACCAUCGAUCACCCAUGAUCUCUUGCGUUCUGAAUUACCAGACGCGAUCGAGAAGGCACUAAAGGGAGACGAGCGAUGCGCUCUCGACUCCAUGAGACUGGUCGAUCUCUUGUUAGUUUUGUUGUUUGAAGGAAGAUCGGCGUUGGGUCGUAGCACUACUGGCGGUCCGUCCGGUCCUUUAUUACCAAGACUGAGACGCUUGGAUAGCGCCGGCGAGAAGUCACAUCGACAACUGAUUGAUUGUAUACGCUCAAAGGAUACUGAUGCGCUGAUAGAGGCAAUCGAUUCGGGCGGGAUUGAAGUCAAUUUCAUGGACGAUGUUGGACAAACCUUACUCAAUUGGGCCUCCGCAUUUGGUACACAGGAGAUGGUCGAGUUCUUAUGCGACCGAGGAGCAGAUGUGAACAAAGGUCAGCGUUCGUCGAGCUUACAUUACGCGGCUUGUUUUGGUAGACCGGCUAUCGCCAAAGUUCUACUCAGACACGGUGCCAACCCCGAUCUGAGAGACGAGGAUGGCAAGACACCGUUGGACAAGGCUAGAGAGCGCGUCGACGAAGGGCACAGAGAAGUCGCGGCGAUAUUACAGUCACCUGGCGAAUGGAUGUUACCACCGAAUCAAGAACACCGGAAACUCGAGGCAGAAGUAGAAGAGUUCACUGAGCCCAAGGGAGAUCCCGAGAUGGCGCCUGUCUAUUUGAAAAGAUUAUUACCAGUGUUCUGUGCGACUUUUCAAUCAACUAUGUUACCGAGUGUUAGAAAAGCGAGUUUAAGUUUGAUCAGGAAAAUGGUGCACUACAUUCAGCCGGAAUUACUUAUAGAGACCUGCGGAUCCGACAGCACCGGAGGAUGCGGAGCCAUGCUCGUGGAAGUGAUCGCUAACGUAUUGGACAACGAGGAACUCGAAAUAAAGGCGCCAUUGCCAUCGUCCACAGCUUUUAAGGCGCUCAUUGGCCCGAAAUUACCCGGCCUUACGACUCGCAAGUCCUCGAGUUCGCGCAACUACAUUCUCGAUAAGACGGAGGACGAGGACGGUCACUUGGUCGUUCUGCAGAUGAUACAGGAUCUGAUGAUUAAAGGCAAAGAUGAAUUCUUAGAGCACUUCGCGCGUCUGGGAGUGUUCUCGAAAGUGGCCGCUCUGGCCGGGCCGCAGGAGACUACGCCCGAGCCGGAAGCGGAGUCUAAUCAGUCUGGCGAAGAACAACGGAUGGAAGACGCGAAGGAGCUGUUGGUGGGAAGAGCAUACCACUGGAGGGACUGGUGCAUAUGCAGAGGUCGGGAUUGCCUGUACAUCUGGUCGGAUGCAGCAGCCUUGGAACUGUCGAACGGCAGUAACGGAUGGUUCCGAUUUAUCCUCGACGGCAAACUAGCAACCAUGUACUCCAGCGGCAGUCCUGAGGGUGGAACUGACACGUCCGGAAAGGGGAGGAACACAGAGUCGCUUACCACCGAAGAGAAUCGCGGUGAAUUUCUGGAGAAGCUGCAAAGAGCACGCAGUCAGUUGAAAGUAAAUUUCGUGAGUCAGCCUGUGCUUUCGCGCCCCGGCACUACGCGCUUAGUUGUAGGAAAUUGGGCAUUGUCCAGCAGAAAGGAGAGCGAACUGUGCAUACAUAACAGCGACGGCCAACAGCAGGCCACUAUUUUGAGAGAAGAUUUACCGGGUUUUAUCUUUGAGUCGAAUCGUGGCACCAAGCAUUCCUUUACAGCGGAAACCAGCCUAGGUCCGGAAUUCGCGGCAGGAUGGACUGGCAAGAGAGGCAAGAGAUUGAGAUCGAAGAUUGAAGCUAUCAAGCAAAAGGUCAAGGUGCAGGCGCAGGAGAUAUAUGAGCGUUACUUCAAAGCAGCACAAGCUCAACCACGCGGCGUAGUGGCGAAACUCGGCGCCAUCGUCAGUCAGAUCGAAAAAGCGACACAGAAGCAACAAUCAGGCAAUCGGGAAUGGCGCAAUAUAUUGCAAACUGCAUUAGAACAGCUUAAAGUGCUGCUAAAUGAAGAGGGCCGAGUGUCCGCGUAUGAAUUGCACUCCAGCGGCCUCGUACAAGCACUGCUCUCUCUGUUAGCCGCACCCCCCGGACCUUCACCGCCGACUCUCAGGGCGACCAAACUCAGGAUGCAAAGGAUAACCGUGUUUAAGAGUUGUUUCCAGACGAAAGACACGAAUAAAGAGCAUAACUCUGCAAAGAUUUUAGUCCACAAAUUAGUCUCGGUGCUAGAGUCGAUAGAGAAAUUACCCGUCUAUCUGUACGAUACACCCGGAUCAGGCUAUGGUCUGCAGAUAUUGACGAGAAGAUUACGCUUUCGAUUGGAGAAAGCCUCCGGCGAAAGCGCAUUGAUCGAUAGAUCCGGUCGUAGCUUGAAGAUGGAACCACUCAGCACGAUACAACAAUUAGAGAAUCACUUACUAAAAAUGGUAGCUAAACAAUGGCAUGAUCACGAUAGAUCCACAUUCACGUUCGUGAAGAAACUGAAAGAGGAGAAUAGAAUAACAUUCAAGUAUCAACAUGACUUCGACGAAAACGGCGUGUUGUAUUGGAUUGGAACGAACGCCAAAACCUGUUCCGAAUGGGUAAAUCCGGGCCAGUACGGCCUGGUGGUUGUCACGUCGAGCGACGGGAGGAACUUACCUUACGGUCAUCUCGAGGAUAUACUCAGCCGCGACCCUUCAGCAUUGAAUUGUCACACCAAUGACGACAAGCGCGCCUGGUUUUCGAUAGAUCUUGGGGUUUGGAUUAUCCCGAGCGCUUAUACUCUGCGGCACGCGAGAGGCUAUGGCAGGAGCGCUCUGAGGAACUGGAUGUUUCAGGCGUCGAAGGAUGGUGUCACGUGGAUCACGUUAUACGCCCACGUGGACGACUGCUCUUUAAACGAGCCAGGCAGCACGGCUACAUGGACACUGGAACCUCCGAGCGAGGAGACACAGGGCUGGCGGCAUUUGCGAUUACAGCAGAUUGGCAAAAAUGCUUCUGGUCAGACGCAUUAUCUGUCUGUGUCGGGCUUCGAGGUUUAUGGAGAGGUCACCGGCGUGUGCGAAGAUCUAGGUCGCGCCGCCAAGGAGGCUGAAGCCGGUGUGCGGAAGCAAAGACGAUUCAUCAAGACGCAAGUUCUCAAACAUCUGGUCGCGGGAGUUAGGGUGGCCAGAGGUUUAGAUUGGAAGUGGAGGGAUCAGGAUGGCGUACCACCAGGUGAAGGUACGGUAACAGGAGAAUUGCAUAACGGAUGGAUAGACGUAACGUGGGAUCACGGUGGAUCGAACUCGUACAGAAUGGGUGCUGAAGGGAAAUAUGAUCUCAGAUUGGUCGGCACUACUCUCGAGACGGACAGCGCAGCUAAGUGUAAGAGUAGCGGUGGCGUCUUAACGGGUCGAAAGUCAAGUAGCACACCCAGCUUGCCCGAUUGCACCGACACAGCUAUGCGCGGCUCGGUAGCUUCCACGGAUCAAGCCGCGAGCGCGGAUAAUCUAGCGGCAAAGCAAGCUGCCGAAUCGAUAGCCGAGAGUGUGUUAUCGGUAGCCCGUGCCGAGGCGGUCGUCGCUGUAACCGGCGAAGGCGGAGCGAACUCGACGAGCGAACUAUCAGUCGUAUUGCACCCCAGACCUGACACAACCGUCACCAGCGAUUUAGCCACUAUUGUUGAAAGUCUCGCCCUUAAUACGGAUUGUCCAGCUAAUAGCACUAGUAAUCGCGCGUCCAGUUCCAAACCACUUUUCGCUACUCUAAGAGGUAACAAGGCUAGCGGUGGCUUAUUGAGUUUAGAAGCUGCUGAGGUUCUGGAUCGUAUGAGAGAGGGUGCUGACAGAUUACGGAAUAAUACUAAUAGUUUUCUGAGCGGUGAACUGCUCGGCUUGGUUCCCGUUAGAAUCAGCGUAUCCGGCGAGUCCGAUGAGAACUCGUUGAGAAUUAAGUCUGUAUCGAGGCAUCAUCCAACAGGGAUCGCGGAUGUUGCUAAAGACUGUACUCGAGAGAAAGAGGCUAGCUCGUCUACGCAAAAUACAACGGGUGGUUGUCCUGUUGUGGUUACCAAUCCCAUGUCGGUAUCUGUGCCUAAUCUCGCUUGUUCCGAUGCUAACAAUACCUUGGAACCAACAGCUGCUACUGGUUUAUUGGAAACUUUUGCUGCGAUGGCGCGAAGACGAACGUUAGGACCUACGGGUGGACAGCAUCUUGCUUCAAAUUCUAAUACGAGCUCUAAUUCACGAGGACCGAAUUCCGUGUCUAGCCUAGUACGACUGGCGCUCAGUCCUAAUUUUCCCGGUGGAUUACUUAGUACGGCGCAAAGCUAUCCGAGCUUGACAAGUAGCGGACAGGUGGCCGGUAGUGGCGUCACUACGACGACUGGACCAAGCUUGGGAGCACUCACCAUGUCUCUGACCAGUACAAGCAGUGAUAGUGAACAGGUUAGUCUCGAAGACUUCUUAGAAUCUUGUGGGGGCGUAGCAACCUCCAGCGUCGGUGGAGCUCGAACUACCGGUGCACCUACACUCUUAGCCGAAUUGGAAGACGAUGAAGAUGGUGUCCUCGAAGAGGAAGAAGACAAUGAGGAGAACGAUCAAGAGGUAAGUGAGGAAGACGAAGAGAAUGAGGAGGAAGGCGACGGUUGCGAAGGAGAAUAUGAGGAAGUGAUGGUAAGUCGCAAUCUCUUGGCAGCAUUCAUGGAAGACGAGACACCACAGAGCAGCAAGAGACGCGCGUGGGACGACGAGUUUGUGUUGAAGCGUCAGUUCUCCGCUCUCAUUCCUGCCUUCGACCCGCGUCCUGGUCGAACGAAUAUCAAUCAGACAACGGAUUUGGAAGUUCCUCCACCUGGCAGUGAAGCGCAAAUCAAUAGCCGCGUUGGAUCGCUGCCCAUGCCUAGACUCUCCUUGUCGUUGAAGGGGCCAGGAUUUCCCGGUGUAGCGGAUGUCGAGAUACCUCUCUCAGAUCCUCACGCCAGUAUCUUCCAGGCCGUGCAGGAAUUAAUGCAACUGACUGAAUUGGGUAGCCGCCAAGAAAAAUUGAGAAGGAUAUGGGAGCCGACCUACACUAUAAUAUACAAAGAAGCUAGAGACGAAGAAUCAUCCGGUAGAGCGACGCCAAUUGUGACGCUGUACUCUCGUAACGCCGCACAAAAUGCGAACGCGUGUACUGUCGAGGACGUUCUGCAGCUGUUGAGACACGUGUUCGUCCUAAGCACUGUGCGGGAUGACGGCAGACCGGCCGCGUUGGAGCAGGAAGAGUCCGACGACGCUGCUUGCUGGAUUCACCCGGACGACUUCACAUCCAAAAAGAUCACGAACAAGAUCGUGCAGCAGAUUCAAGACCCGUUGGCAUUAGCUGCUGGCGCGUUGCCAAACUGGUGCGAGGAACUCGCGCGGAGCUGUCCGUUCUUAUUGCCCUUCGAGACUAGGCGACUCUACUUCAGCUGCACCGCUUUCGGCGCUUCGCGGUCGAUCGUGUGGUUGCAGACGCAGCGUGAUGCGAUUCUCGAGCGACAACGUGCACCGGGCCUGAGUCCACGACGCGACGACAGCCACGAGUUCCGCGUCGGCAGGCUCAAACAUGAGAGAGUCAGUGUGCCCAGGGGAGAUAAGCUGUUGGACUGGGCAGAACAAGUGCUAAAGGUGCAUGCAAGUCGAAAGAGCAUACUCGAGGUCGCGUUUGUAGGAGAGGAGGGUACCGGACUGGGGCCUACUUUAGAAUUCUUCGCAUUAGUCGCGGCAGAAUUGCAGCGCAGAGAUCUGGGUCUUUGGUUGUGCGACGACGCCGUCGACGGGGAUGGCAACGACGACGACGAGAACAAUGCGCGGAUCUUGAGCGAGGAGCAGUGCGUUACUACCGAGGACAAGAUCCGGCCCGCGGGUUAUUAUGUGACACGCGCCAGCGGCUUGUUCCCAGCGCCGUUACCACAAGAUUCGGCAGCUUGCGACCGCGCUGUUCGAUAUUUCUGGUUCCUAGGAGUCUUCUUGGCAAAGGUUCUACAGGAUAAUAGAUUAGUAGAUCUACCAUUGUCCCGUCCAUUCUUAAAAUUAAUGUGCCGUGGUGAUAUCUCGAACAAUGUCAACGAGAAAAUCGGUCUCACCGGCGUCACGCAAGAGAGUAUUUCGUCCAGUAUGUCGAGCAGCUUCAUCUCUGAAGAAGGUGAGACCGACGCUGCGUACUCCACGUUGGAGCCUUGCCCAUGGUACGCCGGAUUACUGGAUAUCGAGGACCUCGCCGAAGUGGACCCUGUGCGAGGAGAGUUUCUCAAGGAGAUACAGAACGCGAUCACCAAGCGUGAUCGGACCUUCUCCGACGGCUCGAACGUCGUCGACGAGGAGACGUCGUCGUUGUACAUUUCUCAUCAGUCCGGUAUUUCAGUGGCCAUCGAAGAUUUAGCAUUAACCAUGACGUAUUCACCAAGUUCGAAAGUGUUUCAACAUGAUCAAGUGGAGUUAGUGGAAAAUGGCGCAGACGUCGCGGUGACAAUAGAGAACGCGAAGGAGUACACCAAUCUCACCAUCAACUACUGCCUUAACCAAGGGAUAUGCAGACAACUUGAGGCGUUCAAGUCAGGCUUCUCCAAAGUCUUCCCCAUGGAGAAACUGCAUGCUUUCAGUCCGGAGGAGAUGAGAGCGAUGCUCUGCGGUGAACAGCACCCGCAAUGGACAAGGGAGGACUUGCUCAAUUAUACCGAGCCAAAAUUAGGAUAUACGAAGGAAAGCCCUGGCUUCCAAAGAUUUGUCAAUGUGUUGUUGUCGCUGACCGGUUCCGAGAGGAAAGCGUUCUUGCAAUUCGCCACCGGUUGCUCGGCUCUACCUCCAGGUGGUCUAUGCAAUUUACAUCCCAGAUUGACCGUCGUGCGCAAAGUGGACGCCGGUUCCGGUGGUUAUCCUUCUGUUAACACCUGUGUUCAUUACUUAAAAUUACCGGAAUAUCCUACUGAGGAAAUCCUGAAAGAGAGACUUUUGGCCGCUACCCGGGAACGAGGAUUCCACUUGAAUUAAAGAAACCUUAUUUCGCUCGCACGAGGAGAGAGAGAGAGAAUUCGAAUUAUUCGUAUAUUAUACGCGGGAGAAAAUGAUUAUACUUAACAGAACGAUACUACGUGUUAUGUAUGUAGGAAAACGAGUACGCGGCCUUUAUCGUAAUUUGAUAUAAUUUUAAUUCUUUUCUCCGGUAAGAGGUACAUAUAAAUAUAUAUAUAUAUAUAUAUAACGUAGUGUAUAAAAACACAGACGGCAACUUAGUAACCUGGGACGGAAAAAGCUUCGUUUCUGCAAAAAAACAGAUACGUGUCCACGUGGCGUUGAACGUGCUAACUUCUGUCUCUGUCAUUUCAGUUAUCCAAAAUUCGCGAUGCAACGUAAUUCACGCGCAUUUCUAAAUUGUCUCCAUUUCAGAGAUACAAAUAGGCGGAAUAUUGUCGCGGUGCUUCAGUAAAUUUCCGUAAGUUGUAAUCGCUAUACACAAUCGAAUGUCGAGCUCUCUUAAAAUCACGUUUAUUUCCUGUAUAUAUUAUGGUAUCUUUGUAAUAUUUUAUAUAUACAUAUAUAUUAAAAUAGGUAGGACAAGAUAUAUGAUAUACAUAUUUAUAUUUAAUGUAAUUUUUUCUGCUGUGAAUUAGUCAAUAUCUUCUUGUUUUAUUUUUCUAUUAUUUGUCGUUGAGUCUCACGAUUUGCAGGUUACAGCUUGAAUAGGAUUUCUGGCACACCGCAUUGGCUAUUGAUAUGUAUCACAUUAAUUAUAAUUUGACAAAUGUCUUAUCGUUCCUUUUUUUUGGUGUACUGUGAGUAAAAACUAAUUGUUGGAAAAGAUCUGUGCAUAUAUAUGUAUACGUUUACAGUUGGACAAACGUUUGCAAAUUAUCCGUUCCAGGUAUUCGAUAUUCCAUUGUAAAAUUGGUCCAAUUUAAAGAUAAUUUUUUUCACCAAACUUUCUUUAAACUAGGGUCUUUUCGAGUAUAAUCGCUAGAGCCUCACGGAACGGAAAGUCGAGAGUUCCUCACAUCAGUCUACUCGCGUAUUUUGCUUUCCUUUCUUCUUCGAAAAUAUCGUACUUCGGAUGUCUAGUCUGCAUAAAAGGCAAGUUUGAUGAGAGAGAGAAAAUUUCUAUUUUCUUUAUAUUACAUAAAAAUAUUUACUAUAUACACACACAUGCGCGCGCGCGCAUGUAAAAGUCCGGUACCGUGCUACGAACGUUUAUGCAAUGAGAGUGAUAUAAAUCAAAAUUUACUUCUAUAUGUAUAUAUACAUAUAUAUAUAUAUAUAUAUAUAUAUAUAUAUAUAUAUAUAUAUAUAUAUAUAUAUAUGCAUGUAUAUAUAUAAUGUAUACAUAUUCGAGUUAAUUUUUCAUUAAUAAUAUUGAGAAAUAGCUAUGUUUCGUAGCACCUACUAGACUAAAUGUCCACGCAGCUUCUAAACAAAAUACUUGUCCCAUAACCGAAUAUUUGUGUAUUGCCCCUAAACAUCUCUCUGUCUCUCUAAACGAAACGGAAGGAGAAAAAAAUAAAGUCGCGAUGCUCUAUUACGAGCGGACGCGGUUACCAGAGAGUCGCGUAUGAAAGCUAAAUAUUGAUUGACACUCUGCAUCUUUGUACAAUAUGCUACUUAAUGCUCACGCGAUAAUUAUAAACUACAGACAAAACUCGGUAUAGUUGUAAUAACGAUAGUUUUUAGAGAGGAUAUAUAAAGAUAAUAUAAAUGUGAGAAAAGAUUGAAUAACGAUAUUGAUAUUAAAAGGAAGAAAAUUACCAUUACUGUAAUAUAAAUUAUUGCUCCUAGGGGAGAUGAAUAAAAGCAAAAUGUUAUAAAGUAUAA